CUAGAACAAGUUAUCUGAGGAUAAGACCGCUAAGGCUGGGCACACUACGUUGUUGCUGCCGCGUUGACUGAGUGAAAGCUCGGAGAAACAUGCCCACCACAGAUCUCAAGUACCACACCGGCUUUGGAAGCGAGUUUUCUUCCGAAGACCCUAGGUGUCCUGGAGCUCUUCCCGUUGGCCAGAACAACCCCCAGGAGUGCCCCUAUGGGUUAUACGCGGAACAGUUGUCUGGUAGUGCGUUUACAGCUCCAAGGGAACACAACAAAAGGAGCUGGUUUUACCGGAUACGCCCAGCUGUUCAACACACUCCGUUCCAGCGGUACAAGGGAGCGAACAUGACCAUCGACUGGAGCAGCAGUCAUCCGAACCCAAACCAGAUGCGGUGGCAUCCGUUCGACUUUCCCGACAUGAAGAACGUGGACUUCGUUGACGGCUUGAACACCAUCUGUGGCGCCGGGGAUCCUCGAGCUCGUCAUGGGAUGGCCAUUCAUAUUUUCGCUUGUAGCUCGUCAAUGACAGAUAAGGCUAUGUACAAUUCUGAUGGAGACCUCCUUAUUGUUCCACAAGAUGGAAGCUUAUACAUCGUGACAGAGUUUGGAAGGAUGCUUGUAGUGCCCGGCGAAAUAUGUGUCAUCCAGCAAGGAAUGCGAUUUUCCGUCGAAGUUUCUGGGCCGAGCCGCGGUUAUAUCUUGGAGGUCUACGACAACCAUUUUGUGCUUCCCUACUUAGGCCCAAUAGGAGCAAAUGGACUUGCAAACCCCCGUGAUUUCGAGAUUCCCACCGCUUGGUAUGAAGACCGUGAUGACAUCGUCUACACGAUCGUUAACAAAUAUCAAGGAGCACUCUUCCACGCCACCCAGGGUCACUCCCCCUUCGACGUCGUCGCCUGGCACGGUAACUACGUUCCGUACAAGUACAACCUUUCGAACUUUAUGACCGUCAACACGGUGUCCUUCGACCAUUGUGAUCCAUCGAUCUUCACCGUUCUGACGUGUCCCUCAACUAAGCCAGGAGUGGCCAUAGCCGACUUCGUCAUUUUCCCUCCUCGUUGGUCGGUGGCAGAGAAGACGUUCAGACCUCCCUAUUACCACAGAAACUGCAUGAGCGAAUUUAUGGGGCUUAUCCUGGGAAACUACGAAGCGAAGGAACGAGGAUUUGCACCGGGAGGAGCUAGUUUGCACAGUAUGAUGACUCCACACGGACCUGAUAGUGAAUGCUUCGAGAUGGCUUCCAAGGCUAAGCUUGCCCCUCAAAGAGUCGGUGAUGGCAGUUUGGCGUUCAUGUUCGAGAGCUCUCUGAGCUUAGCCGUCACAGAAUGGGGAGUCCAUACCUGUAACAAGCUGGAUCAAGAUUAUUAUAGGUGCUGGCAGGGGAUUAAGAAAAGCUUCAACCCCAACUGGAAACCGUCGGAUUAGUAUCUUUAAUAGGUGGCAACAGAGGAGCGCGAUACUUGACGCCCUUGAUCGAACAGGAGGCUGCAGCUUCCCUGGCCACCACUGGCACCACGCGAGAUUACGGCAGGCGUCAAACGUAUCAUUGCUGAAUUCAAAUACGCUACAAAUAAUGUAUACUCCACUAGACAAAAAUAAAAUGUAUUACUUUGUUAUUA